AUACCCGUUUAACAUGUUAAAUCGAAACAGUAUAUAAAGACCGAAGGAAACAUCUAGGGUUUCUGGCAUUGCUCUCAGAACCAGCCGCUUGUGAGCUACCCUUCAAGCCCUAGAAAAUGACUAAGAGAACAAAGAAGGCGGGCAUUGUCGGAAAGUAUGGCACCCGAUAUGGUGCUAGUCUGCGAAAGCAGAUCAAGAAAAUGGAAGUGAGUCAGCACAGCAAGUAUUUCUGUGAAUUUUGUGGAAAGUUUGCUGUGAAGAGGAAGUCUGUGGGAAUUUGGGGAUGCAAGGAUUGUGGAAAAGUGAAGGCAGGCGGUGCAUACACAUUGAAUACCGCUAGUGCCGUAACAGUCAGGAGCACAAUUAGGAGGCUGAGGGAGCAGACUGAGAGUUAAGCUGUUCGCCUGUCUACUCUCUUUUACUUUGGAAACGCUACUUUGUUAUGGGAUAGAAAUUAGUUUGAGGAAGUUUUGAGAAUGUCAUGUUUUUUUCCAACUUCUUUUAUUAUUCUGGGAACUCCAUUAGAUGAAUGGCAAGGAGUACUGUUGGAAGUACCUAAAUGCGAGAUUUGAUUAUUUUUCUUAGUUCCA